AUGCUGUUGGUACGAACGGCUUCGCUGAAUAUGGCGAGGAUGCCAGUGCCAUGCCUCGCUAGAGGAAUAGGUAUUUUGAAGGGCAAGUAUAGGCUAAGUAACCUGAUAAACGCUCAACCCACGGUGAGACACGUGUCCAGUGAAAUCCAGCAGAAAGAUCAACAAGCAGGUGAAUCGAAUACGGCCACCGACACCGGUGUUAUCUAUAAAUCAGACGAGGAAACAUUGAUAUAUUUCGAUAAUGUCUACGCAAGAGCCACGUCAGUUUGGAAUCCAACACUAUGGUACAAUCUGCUAUUAAGAAACCAAUCCAGGGAGGCAGUGAGGGAAAAAAUAAGAAAUUUGGCUAGUCCACCCAGUAACCCUAUCUAUGGACUGGAAUUAAAGUCUACCAUUCCGGUGAAAAGAGAUGGAGGUGUAUUUGCCACUUUUGUUGUUCCGCCCAAAUAUACCAAAGCUCAAGUGAAUUCUUUGAUACAACAGAACACUGCCAGAGAAUCUUCUAAGAACUUACUCUCGUACUUUACACGAGCAUCUGCUUUCCCGGUGAAGGGUUCGCCUUGGAUUGAAGAUUUGAGAAGGCUACCAAGUACUGUCAUAGUGGUCAAGUUUCAAGGACCCGCUUUAACGGAAGAGGAGAUUUACUCCUUGUUUAGAAGGUACGGAACAAUCAUCGAUAUUUUCCCACCCACUGCUGCCAACAACAAUGUAGCAAAAAUUAGAUACCGUUCAUUCCGUGGUGCCAUUUCCGCCAAAAAUUGUGUUUCUGGUAUUGAAAUUCAUAACACCGUCCUACACAUACAAUACGAAAAUAUCAUUAGAGGUCACAUAGUUAGUAAUUUUUUCACCAAUCACACGAGGAUCGCUAUUCCCGUGUUGUUUGCCCUGCUUUCAAUAUUUGCCGUUUUAGUGUUCGACCCCAUUAGAGAAUUUUCCAUUGAACAAAAGAUCACUCAUAAAUAUUCUUUCUCAUGGGACAAUAAGUUUUGGAAACAGUUGAAAACGUUAACAUCCUCCACCAUGACUUCCAUCAAAUACUACUGGGGCAGUACCGAUGAUAACCAUCAAAGAAAGCAUUUGUGGGAGGAAAGAAUAGAAAAGGUGAAUGACUUAAAGAUGUGGCUUGAGGAGAACAACAACACAUUUGUAGUUAUAAGAGGGCCCAGGGGCUCCGGAAAGCAUGACUUGGUCAUGCAGCAUACGUUGCAGAAUAGGGCAAAUGUUUUAUAUCUCGAUUGUGAUAAAUUGAUCAAGUCAAGAACAGAUCCUAAGUUUUUGAAGAAUGCCGCUAGUCAAUUGGGUUAUUUCCCAAUCUUCCCGUGGAUUGACUCUGUUACUGGUGUUCUUGAUUUGACUGUCCAAGGGUUAACGGGACAAAAAACAGGGUUGUCUGAGACGAAAGAAUCUCAGUUCAGAAAUAUGUUGACUACUUCAUUGAUGUCAAUUAGGCGUAUUGCCCUUAAGAAUUACAAGGCCUUUGUUCCUACGGGUGACGGAACGGUUAAUGUCAAAGAGGAAGAUUAUCUCCAACAACAUCCGGAGGCUAAGCCUGUUAUCGUUAUAGAUAGAUUUGAAGGUAAGUCCGAAAUCAACGGAUUUGUGUAUAAAGAAUUGUCUGAUUGGGCAGCUAUGUUAGUUCAGAUGAACAUAGCUCAUGUGAUUUUCUUGACAGAAACAGUUGCAUCCAACCAAAGACUAAGUGAAUCAUUGCCAAACCAAGUGUUCAAAAAUUUAAUCUUAUCGGAUGCGUCAAAAGAAAAUUCAAGGAAUUACGUACUAUCCCAGUUAGAAGAUUACUUAUAUUACAACAAGAAGGUCAAGGGUGAGAACGUAAACGAAACUGAAAAUGGAGAGGAACUAAAUGAAAAAGAUGAUUCCGGUGAUAGUGUAGAUAAAGGCACGAAAAAAGCCGAAGUUAUCUUAAAUGAAAAGGAAUUGCAGGAAAUUGAUGCUUCUUUAGAGCCAUUGGGCGGUAGAAUGUUGGAUUUACAAGCAUUUGUUAGAAGAGUCAAAUCAGGAGAAGAGCCCUCGGAGGCUUUGGAUAAGAUGAUUGAACAGGCUUCUGAACAGAUCACUCAGAUGUUUUUGAGUGACAAAAUUGACGGUACGAAGAGUGCACAAGCUUGGGAAUUGAUUGAAUUAUUGAGUUCCAACGCGGUCAUUCCAUUCCAUGAAAUUGUCAAUAAGCCGCUAUUUAAGGCCGCACCAGAGACAGGAAUUAUGGAAUUGGAAAACAAUGGAUUAAUAACUGUUUCUAGAGACAGAGGUGUUUUACAGGAAAUCAGGCCUGCUAAACCACUAUACAGAGCAGCAUUCACGUACUUGAUUAACGAUGCUGAACUUUCAAAAGUGUUAAAAACCCGUUACUUAUUAAAGGUUGUAGGUUUUGAAACUGGCAGGAUCAAGAAGUGGGAGGAAGAAUUGAAGCCCUUAGGAAAAGUUCCUGACCAGAAACUAUUCAAGAGUAGACUAGAGUAUCUAUCCGGUAAAAUCAUUGCCAGCAACACAGUCAUCACUAAGUGUGAAGAAGAAAUCAAAAAUCUAUCUACGUGA